AUGACUGACAUCGUAAUUGUGAAUGGUGCGCGUACAGCUAUGGGUGGUUUUCAAGGAAGCCUGACCAGUUUGACUGCGCCAGAACUAGGUGCUGCGACGAUUAAAGAAGCCAUUGUCCGUGCGGGCUUACAACCAAAUGAUGUACAAGAAGUCAUUAUGGGAUGUGUUUUACCUGCGGGUUUAAAACAAGGCCCGGCACGCCAAGCGAUGCGCAAAGCAGGUUUACCUGAUUCAACCGGCGCUGUAACCAUUAACAAAUUGUGUGGUUCAGGCAUGAAAGCAGUUAUGCAGGCUGCGGAUGCAAUCAAAGCAGGUUCAGCAGAAGUGAUUGUUGCUGGUGGUAUGGAAUCGAUGACCAACGCACCUUAUCUUUUACCAAAAGCACGUAGUGGAUAUCGUAUGGGCCAUGGCGAAGUAAAAGAUCAUAUGUUCUUUGAUGGCUUAGAAGAUGCUGAAACAGGUCGUUUAAUGGGUUCUUUUGCCCAAGAUAUGGCAAAUAGCAAAGGCUAUACACGUCAACAGAUGGAUGAUUUUGCGAUUCGUUCUUUACAACGUGCACAAAAAGCCAUUACUGAAGUUUCAAGCCGUAAAGGCGAUGUUGUUAUAGAUCAAGAUGAACAACCAUUUAAUGCCAAUAUCGACAAAAUUCCUAGCUUGCGCCCUGCGUUUGCCAAAGAUGGAACAAUCACGGCAGCCAAUGCCAGUUCAAUUUCAGAUGGUGCAUCUGCGCUGUCAAUAUUCAUGGUGGUGCAUGUGCCCUCGGCCAUCCUGUUGGUUCUACAGGUUCACGCAUCAUCCUGA